AGGACUGUGUUGAGGGGGGGGGGUAUUUUGACUGAGAUCGGUUUGAUUGACGGCUGACGUCAGUCUCAGUCCCCGCCCUCCCCGGCAAUGUCUACAAACUGCAGCUCCCAAAGUCCACUCACUAUUCCACCGGGAAACUGGGCAGGCAGGCGGGCCGAGAGAGAGGAGAGUGAUGGCCUGGAUUGUACAGUUUACCGCCUGGGCGCUCGCCCUCCGCACUGCUGCCGCUUUCUACACCUCCAAGCUCCAUCCGCCCAACCAGGUGAUUUUGUUGGACUCCAGGUCUGUCCAGGGCGAGCUGGGCUGGGAGGCGUUUCCCUCCGAAGGCGGGUGGGAGGAAGUAAGUAUCAUGGAUGAGAAGAAUACUCCAAUUCGUACGUACCAGGUCUGCAAUGUAAUGGAAGCAAAUCAAAAUAACUGGCUGAGGACUGAUUGGGUCCCUCGUGAGGGAGCCCAGAGAGUUUACAUAGAGAUUAAGUUUACCCUUAGGGACUGCAACAGUCUGCCAGGUGUCAUGGGAACAUGCAAAGAGACAUUUAACCUAUUUUACUUUGAGUCAAAUAACGAUAAUGAGUGGUAUAUCUCAGAAAACCGGUACAUAAAGAUUGACACCAUUGCAGCUGAUGAGAGUUUUACCCAAGUCGAUAUUGGCGAUCGUGUGAUGAAAUUGAAUACUGAAGUCCGGGAUGUAGGACCACUGACUAAGAAAGGCUUCUACUUGGCAUUUCAAGACGUAGGUGCCUGCAUUGCCUUGGUAUCUGUCCGUGUUUUCUACAAGAAAUGCCCACUGACAGUACACAACUUGGCACAGUUCCCAGAUACCAUCACAGGCGCUGACACCUCAUCCCUUGUGGAAGUCCGUGGUUCAUGUGUGAACAACUCUGAGGAAAAAGAUGAGCCAAAAAUGUAUUGUGGUGCGGAUGGAGAAUGGCUCGUGCCCAUUGGCAACUGCCUGUGUAACACUGGAUAUGAAGAACAGAAUGGAGAGUGCCAAGCUUGUAAAGUUGGAUACUACAAGGCUUUGUCGACAGAUCCAAGCUGCUCGAAAUGUCCACCCCAUAGCUCUUCCACUCAGGAAGCUUCCACAUCCUGCACCUGUGAAAGGGGGUACUUCAGAGCUGAAAACGAUCCCUUGUCGAUGCCCUGUACAAGACCACCCUCUGCACCACUGAAUUUGAUUUCCAACAUCAAUGAAACAUCUGUGAUCCUGGAGUGGAGUCCUCCCCAGAACAAUGGAGGCAGGCACGACGUUACCUACAAUGUUAUCUGUAAGAAAUGCACCAAUGACCUCAGCCGUUGUCAUCCUUGUGGGAGUGGGAUUCAUUUUAUCCCUCAGCAGACUGGCUUGAAGAAUACCAAGGUCUCCAUCACUGAUCUUCAAGCUCACACCAAUUACACCUUUGAAGUUUUUGCAGUAAAUGGAGUAACAAAUUCGAAUCCCAGCCAUGACCAAUCUGCCUUAGUCACUGUCACAACCAACCAAGCAGCUCCAUCUUCAGUUGGUCUAAUACAAGCAAAGGAAAUAACAAGACAUGGGGUUACAUUGGUUUGGCCAGAACCUGAGCGGCCAAAUGGUGUAAUUCUAGAAUACGAGAUCAAGUACUAUGAAAAGGAUCAGAAUGAACGCAGUUACAGAAUUGUUAAAACUCUCUCAAGGAACACAGAAAUCAAGGGUCUGAACCCCUUAACAGCCUACAUGUUUCAUGUUCGUGCACGAACUGCUGCAGGAUAUGGCGAUUUCAGUGCCCCAUUUCAGUUUAUAACAAACUCAGCUCCAUCAGCUAUCAUUGGGGAUGGUGCCAGCCCGACUGUGUUGCUUGUAUCUGUGGCUGGCAGUGCAGUUCUACUGGUGAUUCUGAUCUCAGCCUUCAUUAUAAGCAGGAGGCGUAGAAAAUACAGCAAAGCCAAGCAGGAAGCAGAUGAAGAGAAGCAUUUGCAUAAUGGCCAAGGCGUAAGGACAUAUGUUGACCCUUUCACUUAUGAGGAUCCCAAUCAAGCUGUACGUGAAUUUGCAAAAGAAAUCGAUGCAUCUUGCAUAAAGAUUGAAAGGGUGAUAGGUGUAGGUGAAUUUGGUGAAGUAUGCAGUGGACGCUUGAAAAUGCCAGGCAAGAGAGAGAUCUGCGUUGCCAUCAAGACCUUGAAAGCUGGCUACACUGAUAAACAGAGACGUGAUUUCCUGAGCGAAGCAAGCAUCAUGGGCCAGUUUGAUCACCCAAAUAUCAUCCACCUGGAGGGGGUAGUCACAAAAUGUAAACCAGUAAUGAUCAUAACUGAAUACAUGGAAAAUGGAUCUCUGGAUGCAUUCCUCAGGAAGAAUGAUGGCCAGUUUACAGUGAUUCAGCUGGUAGGAAUGCUGCGAGGAAUUGGUUCGGGAAUGAAAUAUCUCUCUGAUAUGAGCUAUGUUCACCGAGAUUUGGCUGCACGGAACAUUCUAGUGAACAGUAAUUUAGUCUGCAAAGUUUCAGACUUUGGCAUGUCCCGAGUUCUUGAAGAUGACCCGGAGGCAGCUUACACAACACGGGGUGGUAAGAUCCCAAUCAGAUGGACAGCACCUGAAGCAAUUGCUUAUCGCAAAUUUACCUCAGCAAGUGAUGUCUGGAGUUAUGGGAUCGUCAUGUGGGAAGUGAUGUCAUAUGGAGAACGGCCAUACUGGGACAUGUCAAAUCAGGAUGUGAUUAAAGCAAUUGAGGAAGGCUAUCGAUUACCUCCACCUAUGGACUGUCCAGUGUCCCUCCACCAGUUAAUGCUGGACUGCUGGCAGAAAGAACGCAAUGAUAGACCCAAAUUUGUGCAAAUUGUAAAUAUGCUGGACAAACUGAUUCGAAACCCAAGCAACCUGAAAAGAACAGCAGUGAGUGAGGUUACAAGACCCUCUACUGCAUUAUUAGACCCAGGCACACCUGACUUCUCAGCUUUGGGAUCUGUUGGAGAUUGGCUUGAAGCUAUCAAGAUGGACAGAUACAAAGAUAACUUUACAGCAGCAGGAUAUACCUCCCUAGAGGCAGUGGUACACAUGAACCAAGAUGACCUGGCUCGAAUUGGAAUCACAACAAUAACACAUCAGAGCAAGAUCUUGAGCAGUGUCCAGGGAAUGAGAGCCCAGAUGCAACAGAUGCAGGGAAGAAUGGUUCCCGUCUGAGCCAGUGCAAAAACUCAAUGAAAUUAUUUUACCUCAUCCAUGCACUUUAACAGAAAUAAACUGCACUUUUUACUUCAUUGUUGCCCUUUGAUACAAGGAUACUUUGUCAGCGGUUUGCCUGGUUUGAGGACAGAGUGCUGAACUUUAUGACCACUGAAUGGCAAAUAAGAGAUCUUUGUCUAAAUAAGAGGAAACUGGAUUACAUGUGUAUCUAUUUUCAAAUUCCUGCAUUUCUUAGAUGAACUCAUGAAGGAGCAAUCUAAUAAUUUCAUGAUUACCAUCAGAUUUCCAGUUUGCUUUCGUAAUCACUGGAUUGAAGGUUACUUACUAUUUGGCGGGCUUCCUAAUGAGUGACUUGUGUAAAAUGAUUUGAAGGUCUCCAAGGCAUUCCAGUUUUCACAGUUUUGAUUUAAACAAUGAAUAACGAAAGGUGAAGUUCUUCUGAUGGAUGCAUCCUAUGAAGGUUUCAGUAAACUGCCGCCAUGUUCUUCCAGUUAUUCACUGAAAUGAGCAAGCAGCCUUGUGGAUUACCAUUUAAAACUAUAAUGACAUUAAUGUAACUUCUAGUAGUUCCCUUUACAAACAUCAUGGAGAUUCCUUCCAUCAAUAAAUGUUUAGGUAGAUUUAUGGAGUGGAAGAUUCUCAAAUUUUGGCGAAGGGACUACCAAAUCUUUCAGUCUCUUUGGAUGAAGGGAAAUUACUACAACCAACUACAAAGAUGACAAGAACUGACUGAACUGCCUAAUCAACCUCAGCAUGCAGCCUCUGGGAAGUCAGAUCAACAAUGAACAUGAAAAAUCCCACAGGAUCAAAUCCCACUAAAAUCAGAUUCAAGGAAGGAACUUCAGUUCUAAAAACACAGGCUUCAGACAAGCCCAAACUCAAAGCAAAAAAAACCUCAUGCUUUAAGUAUAUAAAGUUCAGCAUCUGUUCUGGAAAAUCACUAGAGGAAUGUACCGUGUAAGAUAACUAACCUUUGUGGACUUCUGCAUGUCACUGCUGCGCCUAGUGUGACGACCUGUUCAAAAUACUAUUCGGUAUUAAUAAUGUAUGGAAUCUGUUAUAUAGGAACAGAUCCCUGGACCUGUCACUGAGCUGUCUGCGUGUAUUUUAUUGAAGUAGCAUUUCAAAAUGUGCCAUUGGAAUUAACUUGUUUUAUAUGCAUUUGAUAAUGUCAGAAAAUUCUCAGUCAUGUUCAACAGUCUUGGGUCAUUUUCUUUUCAGGUUAUUUUUUUCUAGAUACUUAAAAUGCACACUUGCAUUAUAAAAUAUGACAGUAAGUCUUCAUCUUUCAAAGUUUUCAUGAACUGUAACUGAUAUUUUCAUUUGCAUUUCAGAUCCUUCUGUCUUGAGCAAUGUUCUUCUUAAAUGCUAAAUUUAAAGAAAUGACAUAGAUCUAUUUUUUGUAUUCCUGCUUGGACCUGAUUGGGUAUAUGCAAGACUGUGGUCUUCUGAAUAAAAGUGUACAGCAUAUUUUAAUUUAGUUCAACUGGAAUUCUUCUAACAGUCCAAUAUCCUGUUUUCUUUGUACCCUUUUUUCAAUGAGUUAGACAUAGAUUAUUUUUUUUAUUUGAAUUUUAGGUACAUGUAACUUAUGUCAUUUAUUUA